UUCCCCCCUCAUUGUUGCUGCGUGCGCCGCCACAGCGCUUGCUAGUUGCUAGCGCGAGGAACGGCCCUGAGGAAAAUGGCGGACGGUGUAGAUCACAUCGAUAUCUACGCCGACGUAGAGGAGGAGUUCAAUCAGGAAGCCGAUUACCCCGUUCAUGAUCAGAUAGACCUGUAUGAUGAUGUAAUAUCUCCGUCAGUCAACAAUGGUGAUGCGCCGGAGGACCGCGACUAUUUGGACUCUUUGCCGUCGCAAGGCGGAGGAGAUGGAGGCAAGAAUGCGCCGCCCAAUGUGGUGUACACCUACUCGGGAAAGAGGAUCGCCCUUUACAUCGGGAACCUCACAUGGUGGACAACUGAUGAGGACUUAACAGAAGCAAUACGGUCAGUAGGCAUCACAGACGUGUUGGAGAUAAAGUUCUUUGAAAAUAGAGCCAAUGGCCAGUCAAAAGGCUUUGCUCUGGUGUGUGUGGGCUCAGAUGGAUCAUCCAGGAAACUGAUGGACCUUUUGUCCAAGAGGGAGCUCCACGGUCAGAAUCCUAUUGUCACGCCGUGCAACAAACAGUCUCUCAGCCAGUUUGAGAUGCAGUCACGCAAAAGUAACCACUCAGGCCAGAUGUCAGGCGAAGGUAAAGCUGGUCCCCCAGGCAUUGGCCGUAGUGGUUUUCCAAUGGGCAGUCGAGGUAGAAGCAGGUUCCCUGGACAACCUGGUCCUGGAGGAGACCGUUUUCAGGGUUCUGUUGGCCCCGGAGGACCACCACCACACUUCCCUGGGGAAAGGAUGAGACCUGAUCUGAUUAGGCACCAAGAUGGCCACCUGGAUAUGAAUUUCAAUCCCGGAAACUGGCGUGACAGAGGUGGUAUGCAGGGACCUCCACGCCCCCCUCCUGGUCCUCCUGGCCCUCCAGGACCACCACCUGGCCAGGGCCUCCUCCUCCCCCUUGUUCCACCAAAUCGUGGUGAGAGGCCACCUCCCCCUGUUCUCUUCCCAGGCCAGUUUGGCCAGCCACCCUUAGGACCCCUGCCUCCAGGCCCCCCACCUCCAGGCUUCGGUCUACCACCUGGACCGCCACCGCCCCAGCAAGGUCCGCCGCCGCCAAGACCCUUCCCUCCACGUCCCAUGGGUCCAAUUGGGCCACCUUUGGGUUUGGGUUUGGGUUUGGCUCCACCUCCUCACAUGGGAGGUCCUCCUCCUGGUGGGCCGCCACCAGCCCCCCAUGUCAAUCCUGCUUUCUUCCCCCCACCCGGUAGCAACAACAUGCCCCUCAACGACAGGGGGCCCCCAGGACCAAAUGACCCAUACGGACACGGACGCCCACCACCUUAUGAGAGAGGAGACUACGGUCCUGGAGGCAGGGACAUGGAUUCAUCACGGAACCCUCUAAGUGAAGCCGAGUUUGAGGAGAUCAUGAACAGGAACAGAGCCAUCUCCUCGAGUGCUAUAUCCAGAGCUGUGUCUGAUGCCAGUGCAGCUGACUAUGGCAGCGCCAUAGAGACGUUGGUGACAGCCAUCAGUUUGAUUAAGCAGUCCAAAGUAUCCGCUGAUGACCGCUGCAAGGUCCUGAUAAGUUCUCUUCAAGACUGUCUCCACGGCAUCGAGUCCAAAAGCUACGGCUCUGCCGCCAGAAGUGAUCAUGUAAACACUAUGCCCAAAAGGCGAGAGCGCUCCAGGGAACGCGAUCACAGCCGCUCCAGAGAAAAGAGCAGGCGCCACAAGUCGCGCAGUCGCGAUCGGCAUGAGGACUACUACCGAGAACGUAGCCGUGAGCGCGACCGCCAUCGUGAGAGGGACCGUGACCGAGACCGUGAAAGAGAGAGAGAACGAGAGUAUCGACACCGCUAAUGGAGGAGUGAGCUCGCCACCUUUACACCAUUGGACAGAAGGACAAAAGGAGGAGGGACUUCAGCACCCCCACCCAACACAACGUGCAUGAGUGGACACUCAAACCACAAGGAUGCCAUCUCUUCCUCUACCAUCUCUCCUCACGUUCUCCGCCUCCUCUGCCCAUCCUUCUCUCUCUCUGUUCAUUUAGUGUGCAGAGUGGAUGAAGGACCAUGCCCCCAGCCCCUUUCUCUCUCCCUCUCCACCAUAUGUAAGGCUACUAUCUUUCCACUCUUACUUUUAUAAUGUUUUAUUUCAUGUGAUGUGUGCUUAUUAUCUCUCUGUGGCAACAAAACAAUAAAAGUGGCCCACUUUUCCUCUUGACAGAAGACACACAUGACAGACAUCCUUGUUUUUGUUUUUUUGAUUUGCUACUGUACUGUGUACACUUGGUUUAUUAGAGAGCAGUUUUUAUAUAGGGUACAUGCUGUUUUCUCAACCCCUCCCCUCCUUAUUCAUUCUUCUCAUGCUUAGUAUGUUUAUAAAUGUCUCUCUGCGUUAAGUCUAGAUGGUGUUGUAAUAAAACAUGUUUACUGAGGUACACGUUUUGGCAACUGGCUCGUUUAUAUGAAAUGUAUUUUACUUUUACUGAAGAUUGAUGUUGUCGAGCACUGUAGGUAUCCCUUUUUUAUUUAAUGGAUGCCUUUUAUUUCAAGGUAAGACUAAAGUAUUGAAUGUACUAUUGUGCGCUGACCCCCUUGACAAAUGUGUAUAUGCAUAUUACUUGAACCACUGAAUGCAUCAUUUUGCUGUUUUUGUGUUUGUGUGUGUGUACUUGUGCCAGAUAACUAAAGUAAUUUUUUUUUUUUACAUUCAUUUUUUUUGAUAGUUAUUGAAAUUCCGUUGACGUUACUGUAGUUUCCAGUCAUUGUACUGCAGCUUUAAAUUAUACUGCACUGUAAUGCUUUCCUGCUGUGCAGAAGCACUUCAUAUUCACAAGCACAGUUGGCACCCUAUUUUAUUUGUCCAUUUUAUCUGUAUUGUUAGCAUAUAACAUAUUUUGAUAUGGUUUGAUUUUCUUGUGGCUUUUUGUUUUUUUAUGUGAAUAGUUUUCUUUUCAAAAUGCAUGUUUCUAUUGGGAUGACUUUGCUGAAAGAUGCCUCAAUGGAAGGCAUUGUACUCAUUGAGCAUUACUGUUGUACAGCUUUUUUUUUUAUUGUAAGUCAAACAUUUAAAAUAAUUGUAUUGUCCUGGCAGCAGUAUUUUAUCAGUGUUCUAUGUUCACAUGUUGAUCAUGUGCAGUAACUGUGAAACACAAAACGGGUCAAAGUUGCCUCAAAAGGGGGUCCCUGGACACCUCAUUUGUGCUAAAAUGAGCUUUAAAGCUCUACAAUGUGUGUUUGCACCAUGUAUGUUUGCACUUCUGUUCUCCACAGUGCACAAGGUAAGUGUUUGCAGGUAUUAUUUACUACACAAGAAGAGGAGAGACAUUCAGGUGCAAUUGUUACUAUUUUUACUACUAUACUUGAAUCUUAAACUGGCAGUUGAUUGUAACAUUUGCAAGGCAAUAAUUUACAGAUUACUAGGAUUUUCUUCUGAGUUAGUAUGAGAGGAGCUAUUUUACUACAGAAAAAACCUGCAAUUGGGCAGCAGUACAAAUAUUUUUGCUUAUAAAAUAUUUUAAAUUAAUGCCAUGUAAAGCGGUAUUUUAUGUGAAUGGAAAGAUCAAGGCUGGCCAAAAAUAAAUAU